AUGACGACCCUCGCGUAUCGACCCGCGGUUGUCGCGCCGCGCGCAUCGUUCGCGCCCCGCCGCGGUCCCGUCGCUCGCGCCGCGCCCUCCGUCUCCGUCGCGCCCUCUCCGCGCGUCAGCCUCGGACUUGCCGGCCAUCGCGGUGCCCAGUCGUCGCGUAUCGUUCGAGCGCGGUUCUUCGGCCCUUUCAAGCGCAAGGACGCCACGACCGCCGUCGAGCCCGCACCAACGCCAACGCCCGAGCCCGAGGACACGUCCGCGAGCUUCGACCUCCUCGACCUUUGCUCCGGCGCCGCCGACGCCGUCGCCGUCGCCGCCCAGGCUUGGGAACGCGUCGACGACGUCGUCAUGGGCGGCGUCAGCUCCAGCGCCAUCGGACCGGACCUCGCGGGACGCACCUGCCUGGUGUGGGCGGGCAAGUGCAGGACCCAGGGAGGCGGGUUCACCGGAUGCCGCUCCGUCGCCCUCAAAACCCCGCUCGACCUCACCGCCUUCGACGGCAUCUCCAUCGUCUGCGGCCUCGAGUCCGACGACGAGCCCGCGCGACGCACGUGGAAAGCCACCGUGCGAACGCAGAACAACCGCGGCGAGGUGGUCUACCAGGCAUCCUUCGUUCCCCCCGUCGCGAGUAAGGAUCCCACCUCGAAGGACGGCUUCCUUCCCGCCGAGGUUCGCAUCCCCUGGGAGAGUUUCCGUCUGGUCCGCGGUCCCGUCGUCGUCCCCAACGUUCCGCCCCUCUCCGCCGAUCAGUGCUCGGCGGUGUACGGGCUCGGCCUGAUCAUGUCGAGGUUCGGUCCGAACGGGCCGAUGCCGGACUUUCGCGACGGGCCCUUCCGACUGGCGCUGCACUCGUACGGCGUGUACGUCUCGAACGGUGAGGGUGUCGAGCCGCCGACGACGCUGCCGCGGGCGGCGAUGCUCGGGGAUAGGAGCAGCGAGAACAGCGGGCGGACGAAGAACUCGCCCCUCUCGCUCGUGCUCGGGCCCCUGAUCAAGCUCGUGUUCUCGGAGAAGGCGCGACGGCGGCGGCGGUGUCGGGAGCUGCUCAAGGAGCGGUACGGGAUCGGCGAGUUCGGCGCGCGGUUCGGUAAGGGGCGGCGGAUGAAGGCGGCUCGGCUCGGGGGGGAAUUGAUCGCCUUCAAGGAGGGGGCGCGGGAGCUCGUCAGGGACGCGGUCGCCGCGGCGCUGACCCUGCCGCUUCGCGGGCUGUUCGUGCUGAUAUCGAAAGUCGCGGCGCUGGUGCGCGCCGUCAAAGGGGAGAAGAAGCUCCCGCCGAUGAGGUGA